CCCGGAACAGGAGGAACAAGAAAGGCCAGAGAGCACGGGCUGCUGGGUGCAGUCUUCGCUUUUUGUUUCUUUUGUUGUCUGGUAAAUCCAUUAAAUUGCCAAUCAGCUUUUACCAAAAGAACUUUGAGUUGUUGAUAAAGAUGUCUAUUGUUCCCCCCACUCGCUCGAAUACCGGCUGGCCGCGCCGCGGAUCAGAACAGUUCGCGAGCAAAUAUGUUAGCGGGCCCGCUAAACCGCUCACUCUGGAGAGGACCAUCAAUCUAUACCCUCUCACCAAUUACACGUUCGGCACUAAAGAGCCUCUGUAUGAGAAGGACAGCUCGGUGGCUGCCAGGUUCCAGCGAAUGCGUGAAGAGUUUGACAAGAUGGGUAUGCGGAGGACAGUGGAAGGAGUUCUCAUUGUCCAUGAGCACAGGCUGCCUCAUGUGUUGCUUCUACAAUUGGGAACAACGUUCUUUAAACUGCCCGGUGGAGAGCUGAAUCCUGGAGAGGAUGAGGUGGAAGGUCUGAAACGUCUGAUGACUGAGAUCCUCGGACGGCAGGAUGGGGUGAAACAGGACUGGGUGAUUGACGACUGUAUUGGAAACUGGUGGCGUCCUAACUUUGAGCCUCCACAGUAUCCUUACAUUCCAGCUCAUAUCACCAAACCUAAAGAGCAUAAAAAGCUGUUCCUGGUUCAGCUGCAGGAGAAAGCACUGUUUGCCGUUCCCAAGAAUUAUAAGCUGGUGGCUGCCCCGUUGUUUGAACUAUAUGAUAACGCUCCUGGAUAUGGACCAAUCAUUUCCAGUCUACCGCAGCUGUUGAGCAGAUUCAACUUCAUCUACAACUAACUAGAGUGGACAGAAGUGUGUCAGGCUGUCUCUGUGAGCACAGCAAGUGUCUUUGUGUUGAGAAGGACUUCCACCUCUGGUUUCUUUUAUAAACAAACGAAAAGAAAAAAAAUCUCUUGUGAUGUUGGGUGUAUUCAAGUCCACAGGGCUGUUUAUACUGGAGUCAGGAGAAAACAAUAAUGUCUAGACAUGUCCUGUUUAUCUUUUUUUUAAACUUGAGAAACUGCAACUUUUUACUAUGUGCAGGUCUGUAUUUGAAUGUGUUUAGGAUUUGGUUUUAUGUUCAGGUAAAAGUUGUCUGUGUUUAAUAAAAUAACAAAACAAAAAAACAUUGUUUCCUGUUGUUUUAAGCUGUAAUGACAAUGUUAUUUUUCUUGUAAUAAAGCAGCAUUUUGUGUGUUUUUAUAACAUUCAAAGA